AAAUUACCCUAGUCAGAAGAGAUAAUGUGGAACGAAAAGUUACAAUCAGUUUAGAAAGCAGCGAAGUUGAAAAAAAAACUUUGGUAAUAUACAAAAAUUUUAUUGAGAAAUUGAACGAAAUUAAUGGAGAAAAUGAAAAAAUUCGAAAACAGAGAAAGAGCCGAAUUUCAAAAAACCCUUUAUCAAAAAGUAUGGCUGAAGUUGUUAGAGGAGAGUUAGAAAACUUAAAAAAGCAGAAUAAAGAAUUAUACAAACUUAAAAUUCAAGAACUUAAACUUGGUUUUGCUGAGUUAAAUAAUGAAUUAGAUAAAUUAAAGACUGGAUACCCUGAAUUCGAAUCUGCACUAGAAGAGAUUGUACAAGAAUCAUUAAAAAUGGUUCCCGAAGAAGAGCGAGAUGAAGUAGGAGGAGUAAAACCAACUAAUUGA